AUGGUUACCUACAAAGAUACCUACGCUUCCAGCGAGGAUAAUUUUUCCGACUUUUCGACCGAGUGUUCUAGCGUGGACUUCUCGGACAGGAGCUUGUGUAAUGAGGAUGUCUGGUUCGAAGAUCCCUCCGACAAAGAGUCUUCUAGAGAGUAUUAUUCUAGGACUGACGAAAUGAAAAGUCUCCCUCGUGCAAGAGCUCCGAGUGAGGGAUCCCUGAGCGGAUACAGUUGCAGCAGAGAAAGCUUCAGCGGAGAGAGCUGCGGCUGGGAUAGUUGGGACGAAGAUUCCUGUACUGGCAGUCUUUCGGGCGAGGAAGCUGCGAACAACGGCCUCGAGUCCAAAGAGCAGCAAAGCGAUGGAUCUGAAAACGAUGGGGCUGUUCACAGCGAAGUCCAGCUACCUCCAGGAAGGUUGAAGGAUAAUAUUGAACCACAGGAGCUGCUCGGAGACGAGGGCAGAGAAGAGGUAUCCCUCAUGACGGAGUCACUGUGCGACACCUUUCCAUUGAUGGCACAAUACUAUCAGACCUACUUGAAGGACACCGAUUGGCGUCGCAACAUCCGCAUUGGGGCUGGCCUAAUGGCACUAGUUGUUGGAUCUGAUUUUCCGCCCCUGGGCUUUGCUGCAGCUUGCAUAUGUUCCAUGGCCAUUCUCAGCAGCCCGAAGGAGAGAGAGAGGUUGAGAACAGAGUUGAAACUCAUGUCUGAGGAGGAGGAAGAGGAGGAGGAGUGGUUCCCAGCUCUGGAGUCGCUUGAUGAAUAA